AGUCGAUCGCGAUCGAGGGCACUCAGAGGCAACAAUGGUCUACAAAUUAUCGCAAACUCUUGUAGGGCACUCUUCAGACGUCCGAGCGCUUGCGUCGCCUUCGUCUGACCUGAUUCUCUCCGCGUCUCGGGACACGAAGGCGAUAGCAUGGACGAGGCAGGGAGGGUCAUCUUCCUUCUCGCCGUCUGUUCCAUUUCAUGCCGGUGAAAGGUUCGUCAAUGCAGUAACUUACUUGCCUCCAAACGUAGAAGGGCCCAACGGAUACCUCGUCACUGGUGGGCAAGAUACUAUUAUAAAUAUUUUUCCCAUUGGUGCUCGGCAUUCGGAAUCAUCCCAUAUGCUAAUUGGGCACACUGAGAACGUUUGCGCGUUGGAUGCGACAACCAACGGAACCAUAAUAUCGGGAUCCUGGGACAAAACUGCGCGCAUAUGGAAGGAUUUUAAGGCGGCAUACGAGCUUAGAGGCCAUACCCAGGCGGUGUGGGCCGUGGUUGCCGUUGACGAUGAGCAGUUCCUAACUGGUGAAGUGUCUCUCUUGAUGGUAUCUUACCUCGAGCCGACGUGUGGCCUAUUAGGUUCCGCUGAUAAGGAGAUCAGAUUGUGGAAUCGACACAAAAGCAUUCGGAAAUUCCAAGGUCACAAGGACGCUGUUAGAGGCCUUGUUAUCAUCCCGAAUAUCGGAUUUGCCUCAUGUUCUAAUGACAGUGAGAUUCGUGUUUGGACGCUGGAAGGGGACACGAUAUACACCUUGUCUGGGCACACUUCCUUUGUUUAUUCCCUUUCUCUCUUACCAUCGGACGAUCUUGUGUCGGGAGGAGAAGACCGAAGCGUUCGAGUUUGGAAAGAUGGCGAGUGUGCCCAAGUCAUAGUCCUUCCUGCCAUCUCUGUAUGGGCGGUUGCUACCAUGCCGAAUGGAGAUAUUGUUGCCGGAACGAGCGACGGCAUCAUCAGAGUCUUCAGCGAGAAGGAGGAGCGAUGGGCAAGUCCUGAGACACUCAAGGAGUAUGAUGAUCAUGUCGCUAACCAGGCCCUUCCUUCUCAACAAAUAGGUGACGUUAAGAAGUCAGAUCUUCCGGGAACAGAGGCCCUAACGAAACCGGGGAAGAGCGAGGGUCAAGUCCUCAUGAUUCGAGGCGAAAAUGGAGCUGUCGAAGCGCAUCAGUGGUCCUCAGGAACAUGGCAGAAGGUUGGAGAAGUAGUCGACGCAGUUGGCUCCGGGAGGAGGCAGCUGUAUGAAGGAAAAGAAUAUGACUACGUUUUUGACGUCGAUAUCCAGGACGGCGUACCCCCCUUGAAGCUCCCCUAUAACAUAACAGAAAAUCCCUACGCAGCAGCCCAAAUUUUUUUGCAAAGGAACAAUUUACCGAUGUCGUAUAUUGACGAAGUAGUCAAGUUCAUUGAGAAAAACACUUCGGGUGCUCAACUUGGUGAGCCAUCAGGACAAUUUGUCGACCCAUACACCGGCGCGUCAAGUUACAGAUCAUCCACUGUGCCAACGGCUCCCACACCUGCCGGGUCUUACCAGGAUCCAUUCACUGGGGCUUCAAGAUACCAAGCGUCUGCUUCAACUCCAGAGGGUCCUUCACCGAAUACAGUGCAUUCACAUGAUCCCUUCACGGGUUCGUCGGGGCACCGUGGUCAUCACACCAUUCCUGCUGCAACGGCAUCAACAACGCCGAUACAGCCACCGGCUAAACCGUUCCUUCCUGUAACGACGCCAUUAGCAUUCCAACAGGCGAAUAUUACUGCAAUGCGUGCGAAACUGAAUGAAUUGGAGCACAAUCUUCCUGAAGAUUCAAGUCUACGCUUCACCCCUGAGCAGGCGGAAGCUCUAAAUCGACUCUUUGAGCAGGUGAAAGCAGCAUCUCAAGACACGAAGAAUAUCAAGGCGACCAAUAUAUCUGCAGCGGACAUCAAGAUAGUGCUCGACCUUGUUGCGCAAUGGCCUGAGACUUUACGGUUCCCAG